AAAAACAUACAGGGAGCACCAGUUCUCAACAAUCAGCUGGUUCCGCAACCAACCCCCAAGCUUAAGUACCCCAAAUGGAGGCCGAAACCAAAGCCGGUGCCAGGCCAGCCUGUUGGCGAAGAAGUGGAAGAAGUCGAGUCUCUGGAAGACAUCUCAGUGGAUCCAGAAGACAUCAUCGAGCAGGUGGAGAGGAAGAGCAUGGAUCUUCUGGAGGCCAUCCAGAAGUCUGAGCAGUAUGUGGUGUCAAUUUCUGGUGACAAGGGAAGGGGAAAGAUGGUGAGCUGCUAGAAGGGAUGGAUGCCGCCAGCAGAAAAGCCAAGGUAGCUGAUAUCAUCAAGCUGUACUGCGAUCUACAGAGGUCCAUCAGAGACUCUUUUAACGACAUGAUCACGCAGCUACAGGGGAAGUUUGACGAUGACAUCAUAGACGUGCCGCUCAUGGACAACGACAACAAACUGGACGAAUCAGCGUUCUGGGACUCGACCCAGAAAACUCCAGGAGACAUGCUGAAGGAGAUCACCAAUGAGAUACAGAAACAGGACCGCACGGUGAAGGAUGUGGGAGCCAACAUACAAGAGCUCUUUGACUUGGAAGGUAAAAAGACUUUGUCAAACCUGAAGGGAAAGAGUCGUCGCCACUCCCUCAACAUCAUCUUGGACCAGUUCAAGAACCUCAACGAGAUGGGCAAGAAGCAGGUUUGCAAAUUGCGUCUGACACUGGAGAACCUGGUGGAGAUGCAUAGGAAGAACCAGGGGAAGCCUGAGACCAGAGGUCCAGAGGAACCACAACACCCCCAUCAGGUCCACCUCCCCAUUCUCUCCCCCCAGGAAUCAGAGGAGGAGCUGGAGGAGAUUGAGGUGGUAGAGAAGCAGAGGAGAACCAGGAAACGUUCCAUCCUUGUGCAGAAGACCCAGAAACGAAUCCCCGUGAAGAUGGCCGAGUCCAGGUCGUGGACAGACCAUGUGGAACGCUACAGCUCAGACAUGACGUUGGAGGCCGACAAGUUGAUGAAGACUCGCAUGGUGGAAGUGAACCACAUCUUCCACGUGGAAUCCCAGAGGUCCAACUUGAAGCUGCUCCACCAGGCUGUGGUGAACAGGCAUAUCUCCCCACAGCUCUACCGCAUGGUGAAGGACAUAAUCAUCCAGACACUUAGCAGUGUGGAGAACAGACUACUCUGUCUUAUCAGGAGGUUCAUAAAGCACAAAGCUCUGCAGCACGUCAGAAACAAUCUGAAUGCUAGACUGCUCUUGGCGCGUGACAUGAGCGAUGGACAGGCGGCCAAGGACUUGUACAAGUCCCUACAAAGACUGGACGUGCACCAGUCUACGAUGACGAGGCAGUGGUCUGAGAUGCAAACUUCCAUUGAACUGACACGGGCCAGAUGUCUGGCACACAUGCUCUACCUCUUCAGUCAGCUGAGAGUGGACUACAACUUGCAUCUGGCCGCUCCGGUCCCAUGCAACACCAACCAGGAUCUGCCCCGUCCCAUCAUGACGGUGGUGCCUACCAAACUACAGUGGUCUCUGAGGCCCAGUCCCAGCUCCAAUCUUCCAUCAUCCCUGUCACUGGCACGUCUAGCCCCAUCUUCACUCCAAACCCCACCAUCCACACACCUAUACCCACUUACACACCUCGCUUCGCCUGCACACCCACACCCGUCGUCAUUAGCACACCAUCCCCCAUCUUCCCAGGUACACUUACCCCCACCUUUACCUGAGACAUACCCAUGGAGCAGUAUUCACAGCGAAAAAGAACAAGGCAAGAUGAAUACUCUGUGGCAGGCAGACAGGACUCUGCGCUGCAUGUGGCUGGCCAGGAAGAUCCCAGCCGGGCCCUCUAACAUCCGCUGUAUCCCACGCCUGCUGGAGAUGGACGUCAACCGAGGAAGAGUCAACGCAAUGCGCACCCUGCACGCUAGGUCCUGGGGACUACCUCAGUGGGUUUAGGACGUUUGUUAUUCCUAACCCAGACGCAGUAAUGAACACACCAGGAAACGUGCAGUAGAUGUUGUUGCUCUAUCGUAGGAUGACUGGUGUGCUGAAUCAGAUAUUUCUGGAUGGAGCAGAUCAGGACAGUGAUGUGGAGGAGAUGUUUUACCCGUUAGAUCAAUAAAUCACCGUAUCACCACUAUAGUCCUUGUUUUCUGUCAUUGUUUUGUGCAGAUUAGAGUUUCUCUGCAGUGAAACAAUAUUGUUGCUUCAUAUCUAUAACCAUUUUAUUGAGAUAUUUUUUAUAAAGUGUAAAGACAAAAAAAAGUGUAAAUGCAGUAUCGUAACAAAAAAGAAAUUACAUUUGAAGCGUACAUUUACAAAUGUGAUAUGAUUUUGUUUUGCAUUAAUUUACAAAACAAUAUAACUCAGUGGAGAAUGUCUGAAUUGAACCAAUAGAACAUUGAAAUGCAUUAAGAAUUGCGUCCCCUGGCUUGGAAGUCUUGACACCUAGGUAAUGCAGAAUGCUGUCCAUGCCAUUUCAGUUCACAGUCUUGUAUAACUAACCUUGUGGGACACAAAAUUCAGUCCCAUUCAAAAUCCUAUUUUCCCUAACCCCUAACCUUAACCCUAAACCUAACCCUAGCUGCCAACCCUAACCCAGUGGUGUAAAACUACUUUCAAGUAGUACUUAAGUCAUUUUUUUUGGUAUCUGUACUUUACUAUUUUUAUUUUUGACAACUUUUCCUUUUACUUCCCUACAUUCCUAAAGAAGAUAAUGUACCUUUUACUCCAUAUAUUUUCCUUGUCACACAAAAGUACUCGUUACAUUUUGAAUGCUUAGCAGGACAGGAAAAUGGUCCAAUUCACUCACUUAUCAAGAGAACAUCCCUGGUCAUCCCUACUGCCUCUGAUGUGGCGGACUCACUAAACUCAAA